AUGAUAUUGCUUUUGUUUCUGGUUGUCACUCUUCUUUUUAAACCAAUAACAGGCGAUUCAUGCGAAUCAUACACACAUCCGACAUAUGGCAAGACUGGUCAAUGCAUCAAAACGUCAGACUGUUCCAAUGCACUCUAUAUAUCGAACUUAUGUGAAAGCAAGCCGAUUGACAUCAAAUGUUGUUUCUCGGGCGCGUUAACUGCUUGUCCCAAUAUAAUUAGUCGUGCUGAAUGGGGAGCUCGACCGGCUACCGUUAAUGUAAAAUUAGCAACGCCCGUUCCUAUUGUCGUCAUUCAUCACACCACGGCCGCUAACUGUACAACUAAGGUAGAAUGUAUGGCUCGAAUGAAGCGAAUUCAAAAUUAUCAUAUGGAUUCACAAAAAUGGGGUGACAUUGGAUACAAUUUUCUGGUGGGUGAAGACGGUAAUGUAUACGAAGGCCGAGGAUGGAACCAAGUCGGUGCCCAAACCUUAAAUUACAACUCGAAAUCAAUCGGCAUUUCGGUCGUUGGUGAUUAUACUUAUCGUUUACCAAACGAUGCAGCUUUGAACGCCGUCAAACAGUUGAUCAAAUGUGGUGUUUCAAGAGGCUAUAUAAAAAGCGAUUAUCUUCUUCGAGGACAUAAAGAUCUCAAUAACACUGCUUGUCCAGGAAAAGUGUUCUAUGAAGAAAUCAAGAAAUGGCCAAACUAUCGAUCGACAACUCGUCGCAGUGAUUUAGGUCCUUCGCAUUCUGUACCUGAAGAUUAUCUUGUCAUGAAAGACGUCUAUCAAAGCUUUUUAGUUGAUCUUCUCCAUAAUGAUGGUAAACAAUUCGAAAAAAAUGCUACAUCUCCAUUUAUUGUACGUCUUAAAACAUUAGUACCACUUCGUCACUUAGAUUCUGUACGUAAAGCAUUGAGUUGA